UGUGUGUUCGUUACGCGCGAGGGAGACUCCUUUUUUUUUCUCGCGCGACACAGAUAACGCGGGGGGGAGAGAGGGAAAGAGGCAUAAAGCGGGUAGCGACGGAGACGAAGCGCGAUGAUGUCCGGUGGCGACGGUCGAACCGCCGCGAUAUGAAGCGAGUGAUGCCCGACACGACGACGCGCGGCCUCUCCUUAUCUGAAAUGUGUCGCUCUUAUCGCGGUAGGCGCAAGUAACCAAUGUCCAGGCGCGCGGAUAAACCGCCUCUCUCGCCGCCAACUAAACAAUCGCAUAUACUAACCGAAUCCGCACACCCGCUUGUAUUACGCUACAAAUUACCGCUAACCAUCCUGUAACCCCCGCCCGGCGAGUUCCCGCUCCGAAACGUAUAUAACGCCUCACCGACAUCUAAGACCUCUUGCCAAGGGGAGCCUCUCUCUCAAAAGCUUUCGAUGUUUGACAGCUCCGGCCACGAAAGCGUGGACGCUAACGCCGCGUGAUUUGUUAUGCACUACGAGACGGAGACAGCGCAGAGGCACUCGACGUCCAGCAUGAACAAAUCCGUGGAGAAUCUGUUGAUAUCCAGCCACGAGGUGAUCAGCAGCAUCAAUUCCACCGGUCUAGGCAAUCAGGGCACGGCGACGAAUUUGGGGAGCAUCGUCGCUACCAGCGAGAACGUGCUGCAGGAGACGUCUGCUAACUCCGGCGCCGAUCGCAGCAACAGUCCCGUGUCCAGUCCCAAUUUGUCCCCGCGUCCCAGUCCGAGGGCCCAUUCCAGGCGCGAGUACUCCAGAUUGAACUCCGAUUCCGCCGUCAAAGAGUCGUUGUCGCUCCGCGCAAACAAGUCGGACGAUCAGCUGUCACAGGAUGUGAUAAGUAGAUCGUCCGAUUCAGCCGAUGUCAAUAAGAGUUCUCAUGAGAAUAAAAAAGAGACACGUAGCAGCGAUCGGAGCAAAAAGAAAUCCUGGUACAAUGUACUUUACCCGACUUAUAAAUCUCGCUCCGAGGACUUUAGGCGAAUAUUCAAAGACGUGCCUGACGAUGAGAGAUUGGUGGUAGAUUAUUCAUGUGCUCUACAGCGUGAAAUAUUGGUACACGGUAGACUUUAUGUGUCUCAAAACUAUGUGUGUUUUUAUGCUAAUAUAUUUAUGUGGGAGACACUGGUCUCCUUACGUUGGAAAGACGUUACAUCUAUUACAAAAGAAAAAACUGCGCUUGUGAUUCCAAAUGCUAUCCUGAUAUGCACCGUUACUGACAAGUUCUUCCUAACAUCGUUUGGAGCGAGAGAUAAAACAUAUGUGAUGUUAUUUCGUGUUUGGCAAAAUGCUCUUAUCGGCGAGCCAAUGAGUAUGGCUGAAAUGUGGCAGCUUGUACAUACUUCCUAUGGUGAUGAAUUAGGCUUGACGUCUGAUGACGAAGAUUACGUGCCGCCAUUACCUGUGGCAGACGAUGAUAAGUUGUCAACUCGCCUCUCCAUAGAAUCCUUCUCUGAGAACGAAGCAGCCACUAUGGAGAAUUCAGUGUCUCCAGUCGCGGAUCCUGUUUCCGCUCCUGAGUCUGCUACUGAACCUCAGAUUCAGCCACUAACUCCGUCAAUACCUAAGCCGGAACCCGUUCUCGAUCCAACAGAUUUAAGUGAUACGACAGAAAGUGAGGCUGAGAAACAUGGCUAUUUAAUACAAUCUGCAUGGACGCAAAACAAUGAAACUGGUCAAAAGAUGAGAAUUCUUUCGUACACGAUGUCCUUAACUCAAGCUAUUGGUCCGAGAACCUGUCAAGUGACGGAAACGCAGGUGAUGUUGCCGUGCAGUAGACCAGGUCAUCUUUAUUGUAUCGAUGUAGAAAGCGUUAACGCCGGUAUACCUUAUGCCGAUUCCUUCAGUGUUUCGACGCAUUAUUGCAUGAACAAUAUCGCCGAGAACGAGACAAGUUUUAUGAUUUACUCACAAAUUAAGUAUAAAAAGAGCGUAUGGGGUUUUGUGAAGAGUGUGAUUGAAAAGAAUUGUUGGUCGGGCUUAGAAGAAUAUAGCAAUAGUUUAAUAAAAGCGCUGACAGUAGAGAGUGAAGAAGGUAAUGGAAGCGGUUUGUUGAAGAGAAAAACAAGAAAACGACGGCGCGCGAUGGGUGUCACGUCGCAGACACAUGCUUCAGAGCACAUAUCUGCGAAUCAUCAAAUUUCUCCCUCUAACUUGCCACACGCUCAUGCUGUUAAUACUAGAAGCGAUACCAACAUAAUUCUUAGCUCAAUGCUACUAGUCGCUGUACUGUGUUUAAUGGUGAUUAAUGGCUUGUUAUAUUACAAACUAUGGGGAUUGGAAGAAGCCGCUGCGUAUACUAUUAUGGAUUUACACGUACUCAAAAAUACACCAAAGACUGAAGAAGAUUGGAUUAAUCUUUUGCAACAGCAAGAAAGCUUGCACAACGUAGAGAUGAGGAAAUGGCAAAGGGUUUUGCACACAGCUGCACAAUUGCUUAGACAAACAGAAGAAUCUUUAACGGAACUACAAAUGAGCAUUCAUCCCACUGCGACGGAAAAGAUGUUCUCAGUAUUAAAACCGAACUUAAAGAGUCUUAAUGCGCAUACGGAACGGCGAAGCAAGUCGGAAAUGUAAAAAUCUAUGUGUUAAGUAAUCGUAUAAGAAUAUUUUGUGUGUAAGAUAUUAUGUAAUUCGAAUUUAUCGGUAAAUACUUUACGUACAAAAGCGGAUCUAGCUAGGAUUAUAUUAUUAUACAUAUAUAUAUGUAUUCUUCCUAUUAUUUUAAGCGAUUUUUCGCGAUUGUUCUCCAUGCUAUGUGUACAGAAUGAACCAAUGAUAGGGUGUUAUGUUAUAAAGUUAACAUAAACAUUUACUGUAUAGUUAUAUUGAAUGUGUAAACGCGCUUUCUAUUUAGACAUUUGUGAAAUGUUAUGGAAAAUAAUAGAUGAUUUUUAGAACAA